AUGGAACGACCCUCACAGACGUACGGAGACGAGGAGAGCAAAGACGGCGCGCCCGUCUGCGAGGGCUCCGUGGACGACCUCGUCGGCGGGCCCAUCUUCCUCGCGCUGUACCCGUACUUUCUGAAGUACGGCGGCGUCUUCAAGCUCGCGUUCGGGCCCAAGGUGUUCAUGGUGUUGUCCGACCCGGUCAUCGUCAGGCGCGUGCUCAAGGAGAAGCCGUUCGCGUUCAGCAAGGGCGUCCUCGCGGAGAUCCUCGAGCCCAUCAUGGGCCAAGGGCUGAUCCCCGCGCCGUACGCGGUGUGGAAGAACCGCCGCAGGCAGCUCGUCCCGGGGUUCCACAAGGCGUGGCUCGAUCACAUGGUCGGUUUGUUCGGCGACUGCUCCGCGCAACUCGUGAAGAACUUGGGCGCGUCCCAUCUCACACUGACUGACGCGUCCAUCGCGGCGGGGAACGGCGUCGCGCGGAUCGACAUGGAGGAGCGCUUCUGCUCCGUGUCGCUCGACAUCAUCGGGCUCGCGGUGUUUAACUACGACUUCGGGAGCACGACGCGGGAGUCGCCGAUCAUCAAGGCGGUGUACACGUGCCUGCAAGAAGCCGCGCACCGGUCGACGUUUUAUUUCCCGUAUUGGAACAUCCCGUUCAUGUGCGACAUCGUCCCACGGCAGAGGGAGUUCAAGGCGAACAUGAAGCUGAUCAACGACACCCUCAACGGGCUCAUCACGCAAGCGCAGCAGUUCGAGGGGACGGAAGAUUUGGAAGAGCUACAGAACCGCGAUUACUCCAAGGUGAAGGACCCGAGUCUCUUGCGGUUCCUCGUCGACAUCAGAGGCGCGGACGUGACCGAUUUGCAACUGCGAGACGACCUCAUGACGAUGCUCAUCGCGGGCCACGAGACGACCGCGGCGGUGCUGACGUGGUGCCUGUUCUGUCUAGUGCGGGACAAACCUCUGAUGAAGAAAGUCGUGGAGGAGAUCGACUCCGUGAUGGGUCCCGUCGCUGAGGAAGCGCGAGCGCCGAAUUACGAAGAGAUCCAAAAGCUCGAGCUCGUGCGCCUGUGCCUCGCGGAGGCGCUGCGUCUCUACCCGGAGCCGCCGAUCUUGAUCCGGCGGUGUUUAGAGGACGUCCCGCUGCCGAAGGGCGCGGGCGACGCGGACGUGACGCUGAUCAAAGGCAUGGACGUGUUCAUCUCGGUGUGGAACUUACACCGGCACCCGGACUGUUGGGAGGAGCCGUUAAAGUUCGACCCGUUUAGGUUCAAAAAGCCGUAUUCGAACCCGGGGGUGAAGGACUGGGCGGGGUACAACCCGGACUUGAUCAGCGGGAUGUACCCUAACGAGGUCACGAGCGAUUUCGCGUUCGUGCCGUUCGGCGCGGGCGCGAGAAAGUGCAUCGGCGAUCAGGCGCGUUCAUGUUUACACUGGUCCCCAUACGACCGCUUCGCGAUGCUGGAGGCGACGAGCUGCCUCGCGAUGACGUUGCAACGGUACGACUUCGAGUUGGAUAAGGACGCUGCGGAGGUUGGGAUGGAGAUGGGGGCGACGAUUCACACCGCGGGGGGGUUGCCCAUGAGGGUGACGCGACGGAAGUAG